UUCUCACCAAAAAAAAAUAAAAUUCCCCAUCCCCUAAAAAAAAAAAAAAAAACUUCUGCAUUGAAGCAAGAAGGAAAUGCUUGGCUUCUAGUGGCCAGCCGCCGGCAUCACCUCCGAUCUCCGUCGCUUCGCAGUUCUUCCUCUUCAUCUUCUUUUGGCAAAUUUAGAAGGAUAUCUUUUCUGCUACAUCUCAGAAGCAUAAGCGAAUGGAUCUGGCAGACAGGGCAGUCGGUUUCCUAUUGUGUUGUAUCAGCUUAUCAAUAUUCACGUACUAUACAUUCUGGGUUAUCAUCCUGCCAUUUGUGGACAGUGACCACUUUAUCCACAACUACUUCUUACCUCAGGAGUACACAAUUGUAAUACCUGUUCUUGCUGGUGUUACUCUUCUUUGCUUUCUGUGCGUCUUCAUUGGAUCAGUAAUGCUGAAAUCCAAAAGGAAGAAGGCUUAGCAAAAUCGUCCGCUUUCAUUUAUAUUCAAUUUAACCUCUUUUUUCCAAAAGACCCUUGGCGAUUGUCAAUGUUUUCUCUUCAAAGUAAAGCGUUUGAUGGGGUUUAAGAGUUGGUAGUUAAAUGUUACUGGAGAAGCCUAUGAUAUACCAAAUUUUUGUGUAAGAAUUUCUUUUCAUUUAAUUUAUCAUUGUCAAAUACUUGUAUUA